GCUCACGUAGCGUUUAACGGACUUAGCCGCCAUCACUUUCUAGACAGAGGAAAGUUGAAGAAAAAUUUCUCGAAGAUGCGGCAGUUUCUGAUCGUGUCUGUGUGUCUGUUGGUGUCCGCUUGGGCGGACGACACACCUGUGGACCUGACGCUACAGGCGGGUGAGAAGGGGAAAGACAUAGUUGACGCCUGUAUCGGACGGAUCAACCUGGCCCAGAUCUUCGAAGAUGAUGCGGGCAUGCUGCGCAGGAUCGCGUGGGUGGAGACCCAGUUCGGAGAGGCAGAGGGCGCUACUACAUGUAUCUGGGGCGUGACGCCGGAAAUGUAUGAGAGAGUCUCCCCCAGUCAGUCUACCAAGGACGCCAUUUUGGUGGAGUUGGGGAUCGACUGGGACCAGGUGGACGUGUCGGACCUGCAGAAGCCCCUGUACUGCGCCCUGGCCGCCAGGAUUCUGUUCGCAGGCUGUCAGACGGACCUGCCGCUUAGCCUGGACCUCCAGGCCGACCUGUGGGUCACCUGCUACAACACGCAGGGCGACAAGCAGACAUACAUCGACGCUGUCAAUGAGCUAGAACAGGAGUCAGAGUGUAAGAUCCCCGGUAUGGACAUGGUGUUUGUACUUGACGGCUCCGGUAGUGUCGGGGCGGACAACUUCGAGACGGUGAAAGACUUCGUGGUGUCUGUAGUGGACGGGUUUGAGAUCGGACAGUCCCGUACCCGUAUCGGUGUGGUACAGUACAGCGACGAGGUACAGAAUGAGUUCAACCUGACUGAGUAUGGCAACAAAGCUGAUGUUCAGUCAGCUAUCAGCAACAUCACAUACCUACAAGGCAGGACGUACACGGGCGCCGCCUUGCGGUACAUGACAGACGUCAGUUUUUCUGAGGAGGCAGGUGCCAGGCCUCCGUACCAGGCUAUUCCUAAGGUUGGUAUCGUAGUCACGGAUGGUGAGGCUACCGACAACGUUCAGGGGCCCGCCUCCAGCGCGCACGAGGCCGGGGUAAACGUGUUCGCCAUCGGUAUCGGGGGCUACGAUGUACGGGAGUUGAGGCAGAUUGCCACAGACCCUGACGCCACGCAUGUCUUCGCUGUGGACAACUUCGCCGCCACGGACUACAUCAAGGACGCACUGGAGGGAAGGACUUGCAAAGAACCGGCUGAGGUGGCAGUGGGGCAAACCGUGCAGGGAGACCUGCCACAGGGGACGCUGCAGUUCCUGUCCUUCAGGGUUAAGAUCCGCCGUGGUAUGACGUUCAAGUUGAAGAUGAGGGUCGGCAGUGUCAACUUCUUCCUGUCUAUCCGCAUCAGGAACCCAAACAGCGCUCUGUACGACUUCCGGCUGCGCACGCGGCCGAACAAGAUGAGGCUUGACAUCUUCAUCCCGCCGAGCCGUCUGCGCGAGCUGCUGGGGCGGGAGCGGCGCCAGGCCGUGUCCGAUGGCGAGGACGAGGAGGUGGAGCUGUUCGCCGCUAUCGAGGGCGUGGACGGGACCAACCAGUUUGACCUGGAGACAGACGAGGGCGACACGGCAGACCCCGCCUACCUGGAUAACAGUUCUCCCCGCCGGGCAGCUGUUGGCGUGCUGACACUCGUCAUGCUGUUCAUCACGGCGAUCAUGCAGUAGUGUGGUUCACUGCUGUCCGAUUCAGUGGCAGUGCUGUUCGAUUCAGCACUAUCCGAUUCAGUGCUGUCCGACUCGGUGCUGUCCGAUUCAGUACUACCCGAUUCAGUGCUUCCGACUCAAUGCUGUCCGAUUAAGUGCUGCCUGAUUUAGUGCUGUCCGAGUAAUUUUAAUACAGUCUGAUUUCGUCCUGUCCGAUUCAGUACCAUCCAAUGGCAGCUAUCUAGUGGUUGCUGACUACUAACGUCUACGUAGAUAUCAAAACACUAAGAUAUUAUCAUUUCCCACGGUUUUCUUAAAACAGCAAAAAUAAGUUUUAAUACUUUACAGAGUUUGUAUCUGUGUGUGUGAUGAAUUUGCAACCACUAAGUUAUGAUACAGAAAACGAUUGAUUACGAAUACGGCCUUGUAUUCAAGUUGGUUGCUAAAGACUCCCAUUUCGACCAAGAGGUUAUACUGCGUGUUUAUAACUCAUCUUGUUUUUCUUUCUGCAAACCAUUGAUAUUGUUUUGUUUUGAUAAUAAAACACAGGCAGCAACUAG